CUUUGUAUGAUGAUGUACCUCGUGAUCUCAUUUCCACUAAUCACGGGAGAGGGGUCGAUGUGUUUUGGGAGAUUGUAAACCAGCGGCAACAACAACAGAAAGCUAACAACCUCCUACAUGUUCACAGAAACGCUCUCAUCAUCAUGACAGCUUCGUUAUGAGAUAUUCGGAGCCAUGGCCUGUUGGCAUGGAACAACUGUCUUCUCUUUGCUCCGAGUGGUUUGUUUGUUACUGAUUUUUGGUUACACAGUCGGUAAAAAUCUUCACAAAUCUGCCGACAACAAAUCUUGUCAACCCAAAAGACCUCCAGUAGUUAUAAUUCCCGGAGACCUUGGUAACCAACUUGAAGCCAAGCUAGAUAAACCCAGUGUGGUCCAUUACAUCUGCUACAAGAAGACUGAUGCCUUCUUCACCCUAUGGCUAAACCUGGAGCUACUGGUCCCAGUAGCCAUAGACUGCUGGAUAGACAACAUAAGGCUGAUCUACAACACAACAACCCACUCCACCUCGGCCCCGCCUGGCGUGGACAUCCGGGUCCCUGGGUUCGGGAAGACCUUCUCCGUGGAGUACCUGGACCCCAGCAAGAGCAGCCUGGGCAUAUAUUUCUUCAGCUUAGUACAGGCGUUUGUGGAGUGGGGUUACACCAGGGAUGAUGACGUCAGAGGCGCGCCUUACGACUGGAGAAAAGCACCCAAUGAAAACAAGGCGUACUUCCUGGCGCUGCAGCAGAUGAUCGAGGAGAUGGCGGAGAAGGCGGGGGGCCCUGUGGUUCUGAUCGCCCACAGCAUGGGCAACAUGUACACCCUGUACUUCCUCAACCACCAGCCCCAGGCCUGGAAGGACCGCUACAUCAAGUCCUUCGUGGCCCUGGGGGCGCCCUGGGGGGGCGUGGUCAAGACCAUGCGGGUGGUGACCUCGGGAGACAACAACCAUAUUCCCGUCAUCAGCCCGUUGAAGAUGCGUUCGCAGCAGCGCAGCGCCAUCACCACCACCUGGCUCUUCCCCUACGCACACACCUGGCCCAAGAACCAGGUCCUCGUCCAGACCCCCACCUACAACUACACCGUGGCGGACUACAAGCGCUUCUUCUCGGACGUGGGGUUCAACGAGGGCUGGCAGAUCCGCCAGGACACGGAGCCGCUGGUGUCGGACCUGGACCCGCCCGGGGUGGCCGUCCACUGCCUGUACGGCAGCGGCGUGCCCACGCCCGAGAGCUUCCGCUACUCCGACAAGUUCCCCAACGCGGAGCCCGUGGGCGUGGGCGCGGGCGACGGCGACGGCACGGUCAACCUGCGGAGCGCCACGCAGUGCGGGCGCUGGGUGGGGCGGCAGCGGCAGCCCGUCACGCUGCUGGAGCUGCCCGGGAACGAGCACGUCAACAUGCUGCUGAACUACACCACCGUGGCCUACAUCAAGACCCUGCUGUGCUCCCCCUGAGGCCAGCCGAGGAGAUGCGUGACCAAACUCUGUCGCUACUACCAUGUUACCAUUAGUUAACCCGGGCCGGCUCUGUGGCGCACUCCGUUUAACCCUGCUUCACGUGCUGUCAUUUUUUAGAACAUUUUUAAUGCAGUGAAUUCAAAUUUUUUAAUAGGAUUUUAAUAGUCGAAAUUGAUUGUUUUACAGUGGGCCAAUUACCUUUCUUCAAACAAUUAUAUUAAGAUCUGAACGACAAUUAUAUGUGCUAUUAUAAUAGCACCUUUGUGAAUUCAUUUCCUUAAAAUAUAUAUAUAUAUGUUUAAAUUAGUUGCUUUGGACCUUAUCUUUCUGGUUCGAUACAUUGCCUCACAAUUUGAGUAACUUUUUUUUUCCUUUCGUUGAUCGUAAGUGUGCGUGCUGCUGAUAUUCAUGUGAAUCCCAAUUUUCUGCCUGCUCAAUUUGUUUACAACGUACUGCCUAACUGCAAAUGCACCUCGUUCAUUUUAUAGAAGACUAUGUGCUCAACCGGUACACCAAAAACACCAAGCCAAAUAUCACAGAAGCAUACUGCUCGUGGACUAAUGAUGUAUGAGUUAUUGUGGCGGCGAGCAAUUGAGAACUUGUAGCCCAUUGGUUGCCAUGAUGUUUAUGUACUAUAAUCAAUCACCACUGUGUACUUUUCAAAAUUCAAUGUUUGUACAUUUUGCAUUAGCGGUCACAGAAGUUUAUAUUAACACAUUGUGCACCUCCAAAUAAGUAGUGAUACUUGUGGCUUCUAUACAGAUUCUAAAUUAAACAUUUACUGAAUCUUAAA